AUGUCUAGUUUUCCUUCUUAUCUAUUAAAGCUCACUUAUGGCUACGAAUUGCAACGACGGGGCGAUCGACUAAAGUCGUACGAACAGCCAAAGUCGAAACAGGACAUUCGUGAUACCAUGGUGACCAGGCUAUCGACCAAUGGGAUCCUUGGAUCGAGUCCUGCCUUGUUUAACCAGAAUGAGGAGUAUAUUGAUAAGUUGGUGGACAUUCUAAAAUCCAAAGGUUUGGAGAAAGCAAGCGCCAUGGCUUCUAAUGAGCUUGACAAUGACGAGUCUGAAGCUGAAGAAUUCGGCGGCAAUGUUGACGACUCAAUGACUCAAACUUCUGAAGGGCUUAAUUUUAAUUCCGAAGACUCUAGCAACGUCUUUUCUGCAUCAACACAUUUACCUUCGCGCUGGAUAACACCCAAAGACUGCCAAUUUGAACUGUCAUUGGAUGGGCUGGAGAUCUCGACCAAAAACCCGGCCAAGCCAGUCACAUCCAGCUCGUCUUCGAUAACAGUCAAUUUACCCAACCAUUCGCAAACAGGGGUGUUUUCCACAAAGGCAAACCACAUCGUUCCGGAGAGCAUUGGGAUCUACUACUACGAGGUGGAGAUCGUGUUUGGGCUGAGCUCGGGUGCCGAUGUGACCGUUGGGUUCAUGGACGGCGACCAUCCUGAAGAGAUUAUCAGUUCGUUGCGGGGACAUGACGAAAACACUUGGGGAUACAAGGGCAAAGAUGCCAAGUUGAUCCAUUUUGAGGAUGGACGCACCAAUUUCAAGAGCUCUUGCAAGUUUGGCAACAAGGACGUUGUUGGGUGUGGUGUCAAUUUUAUCAAUGACUCGAUCUUUAUCACCAAAAACGGCGCCUUUCUGGGAGAAGCAUUCCAAUUACCUUCGCACAUCAACAAAGUGAUUCCAGCAAUUAGUCUGGGUGCCUGGAAUUCUGUGUCGACGAAUUUUGGGUUGUCCAAACCGUUUAGAUUCAACAUCGACAAUUACGUGGAAUCUUUCAAGCUUGACUUUAAGAAGAAAGUUCUUGAAUCUGGGUCCCCGUGGUUUGCGUUAAACGAACAUUCUUCUGACCCAGACAACACCACCGAUACAAAGACGUUCAUUGAUAGAAUGAUCAAGAAGUAUUUUGAUCACAAUGGGUACGGAAACGCACUAAAAGCUUUCAACAGGGAGCUCAAGGAGGAAGGUUCCACCGAGCCAGAAGGUUCGGUUCGCCACGAAAAUGGAAUCAAGAAACAUAUCAGGACACUAAUUAAGGCGAAUCGGGUGGACGAUGCCAUAGAUACGAUCAACUCGAACUUUCCGUCGCUUUUGCAAGACAACCAAUCUGUGUUAUUCAAGUUGGAAUGUCUCAAGCUGAUCAGCGUGAUAGGCGACAAGAACGAGUCGGACUUCUUAAAGUACGCUCAGAAUAUGAGAUCGCGGUAUCCAUCUGAGCCUUACCACAAGACUCUAGACGAGAUAUCUGCGUUGUUAGCGUACAACGACCCGAAACAGACCGCAUUAUACAAAACGUUCACUGAUUUCGAGAGAGACAGAGUGAUAUUUAAUCUAUCUGAGCUGAUAAGUGCCGAAAGCGGGCUUCCAACAAAGUCGAAUUUCGCAGCGAUGAUCGAGAAAGCGCAGAGUCUCGAGUCGGAGUGUUCCAACAAGGAGAUGAGACUGGUGAACAUUCUUAGCGAUUUUGUUGACAUAUAA